AUGUGUACGCCGGGCUGGCGGCCAUGCUUCGUGGCCGACACCUGGCGGCCAGACGGAGAAUGCAAACGGUGCACUCCCCGCGCAGAGUGCCGGACCCCGCGCUGGCCUGCGGCUGGGGGAGGAGCGGCGGUCAGGGGCGGCUUCCCGGAGGAGGCGCUGCGCGUGGGGAAUGGGAAUGGGGAGGGAGGGAAGGCAAGGCCGGAGGAGACGCCCGGCGGGGGCCUCGCCGCGCUCCGAGGCUGGGGAAGGGGCGGGAAGGCCCCCGGGGCCUCUCUGGGCAGGGGACAGAGCCCUGCCUCCCGCGGCACCCCUGGCACCCCGGCCCCACAGCGCCACCUGCUGGGGACGCCCCUGCCCCGGGCAGCAGGCUGCAGCCGUGCUGUUGCUAGGCGACCUGGAGCUCGGUCCAGCCUCGGGCCUUGCACUGGAGCUGGGCCAGCGCCUACCAUCCGUCAUGCCUGGACUCUGCCCAGCCUGCAGCGCUGGAAGGCGGCGGCCUUGGCCUGGGCGCUGUGCAGUUCUCUGCUGACCUUCUGGAUGUGCCCAGAGGGCCUCGGACCCGCGCUGGCCCCGCUGCGCCGCCCGCCUCGGACCCUGGACGCCCGGAUUGCCGGCCUGGCCCAGUACCGGGCACUGUUGCAGGGCGGGCCGGCCCCAGGUCCGCGCCUUCGGGCAGGGCCUCGGAGGCGGCGCGCGCUCCAGCACUCUGGCGCGCGGCCAUGUGGGCUGCGCGAGCUCGUAGUGCGCGUGAGCGAGCUGGGCCUGGGCUACCCAUCGGACGAGGCGGCGCUGUUACACUACUGCGCAGGCGUGUGCGAGGCGGCCACGCGCGUCCACGACCUCGGGCUGUGGCGCCUGCGCCAGCAGCGGCGCAUACAGCGGGAUCGCGUGCGCGCGCAGCCCUGCUGCCGCCCGACGACCUAUGAGGAGAAGGUGUCCUUCCUGGACGUGCACAGCCGCUACCACACGGUGCGCGAGCUGUGGGCUCGCGAGUGCGCCUGCGUGUGA